GCGGAAGACUACGUCACAGUCUAGUUCCACUGUCCACGGAAGUCGGAUCGGUAGCCACUCUCAGGCUUAUCUCUGGUUCAGUAUAUGGAAUAAAGACACGAGGUUUUCAAUCUUGAAGUAUAGUACACAAGAAAUACUUAGAAAUAAAAUGAAUGAUGAAGAAAUGAAGUGUUCAGAUGAGGAAAAUGAAUUUUACUUUGAAUCCGAUCACUUGGCGUUAAAAGGUAACAAGGAUUAUUGUGAAUUCGUGAAAACAAUUGUUAUCCUUGAGGCGCAAAGGACUCAAGCUAUACAAGAUUUGGACAAGCUCAUGUCCAUACAAUCCAAGGCGAUAAAUGAUCCAAUAUCAUUUGUGGCACAGUUGCAAACUGGUGAUCUUCCAGAACUACCUGGUCUACAGAAGAUUGCAGAGAUACCUUAUAUUAAUUGGUCGCAAUAUAAGAUAGCAAUUCCAGAUAUACGUAUGAGACCACAGACUCGACAUGGAAAUGUGAUAUCUCAGACUCAUAUAAAGAAUGAAGAAGAAAAUGGAAAGAUUCUUGUCCGAGGCCGUGCUUUUGAUGCAACCAAGCCUGAAACUUUCAAUCAAUUAUGGACAUUUGAGGAACAAAAGCGGCUAGAAGAACUUUUAAUAGAGUAUCCACCAGAGGAUGUCGAAAUGAGACGUUGGACUAAGAUAGCCAAAGCAUUGGGAAAUCGAACACCUAAGCAGGUAUCCAGUAGGGUUCAAAAAUACUUUAUCAAGCUUUUGAGAGCAGGUUUACCCAUACCGGGAAGAGGACCUAAAGUUAAAAUAGACUUCAGGAAAAGUUUGACCCACAAACAACGUAACAAUAACUUCUUAAUGAAACGAUCAACAUUUUUCCCACAUCAAGAUAUUUCUUUUGAUACAUUUGAUGAAAAUAAAAAACAGUCUGUUGCAGAAGAAUAUGGAGAAGAUAUAAUAAAUGAAAAGACAGUUGAUAUCUCUGAGUUAAAACCAAGAGAUUUCUCACAUCUAUUAAAGACUGAAGAAAAGGAAGAUCCUUCAACACACAAAAAUGAGUACAAAUGUACAAUAUGUAACGAACUUAUAAGAAGUACCAGAUGGCAUUGUACAGUUUGUCAUGAUAAAAUUGAUCUAUGUGGUAAUUGUGCAGUAGCACGAAUAGAAAAUCAUACGCACAAUCCAUAUCAUAAAUUAAUUCCUAUAAUAAAAUCACCACCAUAUACUAAAAGUUAUGAUAUUGAUUAUCUUCCACAAAGUUUUAAUAAUUGUGACAACUACCUCGAUCCAAAUUUCAUGCCCGAAUAGCCCGCGCAUUUUAUCAAAUUUAAGAGAUGACUACUGAUAGGAAAGAGAAGACCCUGACUGGAGUAAAAAUUAGAUCACUCCUGUUGAGACCAGAAUGGUUAUACCAUUAAAGCAUGAUUCUUUUGUGGAACAGAAUUGAAAUAAUGUUAACAUUCACCAUAAAAUCUAGUUUUUUUAUACAAAGAUAUUGUUAAAUGUACUUAAUAGACAUACAUAACAAAAAAUU